GCCAAACAUUCCGCUCAAUGAAACCGGCAUCUUAAUUCUCUCUACGACAUGAGGUGUUAUUACCUGUAGCCAGCUAUGGCCCCGGGGGAUAUGGUGCAAGACCACGCCAAGCAGCUGAAGCCCAAGGACAAGCGGCCCGUAAGCAAGACAUCGAAAGCAGAUUGCGAGCCCGAUGGGUCCUUCGUCUUUGAGGCGCAUGAGGCGUGGAAGGACUUCCAUAACUCCCUCCGGCAUUUCUAUGAAGUAGGAGAGCUCUGUGACGUCACUCUGAAGGUUGGCAGUAGGUUGAUACCGUGCCACAAGCUGGUGCUGGCUUGUGUUAUCCCUUACUUCAGGGCCAUGUUCCUCUCGGAGAUGUCCGAGGCGAAGCAGGACCUAAUAGAGAUCAAAGACUUUGAUGGGGAUGCCAUCCAGGACCUGGUGCACUUUGCCUACUCCUCCAAGCUCACAUUAACUGUGGACAACGUCCAGCCGCUGCUGUACGCUGCCUGCAUCCUCCAGGUGGAGUUGGUAGCGAGAGCCUGUUGCGAGUACAUGAAGGCCCACUUUCACCCCACCAACUGCCUGGCAGUACGUACCUUCGCUGAGAGCCACAAUCGGGUGGACCUGAUGGACAUGGCCGACCGCUAUGCCUGCGAACACUUCACCGAAGUAGUGGACUGUGAGGACUUUAUUUGCGUGUCUCCACAGCACCUGCGCACGUUGUUGUCCUCCAGCGAGCUCAAUAUCCACUCAGAGACGCAGGUGUACAAUGCAGCAGUGAAAUGGCUGAAGGCGAACCCGCAGCAGCACGAGGCCUGGCUGGACCAGAUCAUGUCUGAGGUGCGCCUGCCCCUGCUCCCCGUAGAGUUCCUGACUGGAUCAGUGGCGAAGGACGAGAUGAUCAAAGGUAACCUGAGUUGUCGCGACCUGAUGGACGAAGCCAGGAACUACCACCUGCACCUCAGCAACAAGGUGGUGCUGGACUUUGAGUAUUCAGUUCGCACCAUACCCCGUAAACAAACUGCAGGGGUUUUGUUCUGUGUGGGGGGCCGGGGGGGUUCUGGUGACCCGUUCCGCAGCAUCGAGUGUUACUCCAUCACGAAGAACAGUUGGUUCUUUGGUCCUGAAAUGAACAGCAGGCGGCGUCAUGUGGGUGUCAUCUCUGUCGGAGGCAAGGUUUACGCGGUUGGGGGCCAUGAUGGCAACGAACACUUGGGCAACAUGGAGAUGUUUGACCCCCUCACCAACAAGUGGAUGAUGAAAGCCUCUAUGAACACCAAGAGGAGAGGUAUAGCCCUGGCAGCUCUUGGUGGUCCGAUCUAUGCCAUCGGAGGUCUGGAUGACAACUCCUGCUUCAACGAUGUUGAGCGCUACGACAUCGAGAGUGACUGCUGGAGCGCCGUGGCUCCGAUGAACACUCCCAGAGGAGGGGUGGGCUCUGUGUCGCUGGGGAGUUUUGUGUACGCGGUGGGAGGCAACGACGGCGUGGCGUCCCUGUCCAGCGUGGAGCGGUUCAACCCACACCUCAACAAGUGGACGGAGAUCAACGAGAUGGGCCAGCGGCGGGCCGGCAAUGGAGUCAGCAAACUCAACGGCUGCCUCUAUGUCGUGGGCGGCUUCGAUGACAAUUCCCCCCUGAGCUCCGUGGAGCGCUUUGACCCACGGCUGCACCGCUGGGAGUACGUGUCCGAGCUGACCACCCCGCGCGGGGGAGUCGGGGUGGCCACCGUCAUGGGGAGAGUGUUCGCAGUCGGGGGUCACAAUGGGAACAUCUACCUGAACACGGUGGAGGCUUUUGAGCCUCGAAUGAACAGGUGGGAGCUGGUGGGCUCGGUGUCUCACUGCCGCGCCGGAGCCGGAGUCGCCGUCUGCUCGUCUCACGUCAGCCAAAUCCGGGACGUCGGCCAGGGCUCCAGCAACGUGGCCAACUGCAUGUGACCCCGCCCGCCCCACUGGUUACCAGGUGACCGACGAGCCACCAAGUCACCGCCACAAGCACACGACCCGAAGCGCACACACACACACACACACACGCACGGCGGCGGAGGGAUGUGGCCGCUCAAUACCGCCACUUGUCUGAACAUCAGCCGUGGUCCGCUUUUGGCUGAUAUUCAGUUUGCACACAGUGAUGGAGUAAUAUUAGUGAGCUUCUACUGACUUUAAGUGCACAACGGACACGUGUAACGUCUUCUCUGACACAUUCGAGACAUUUCUCUUGACUUCUGCUGGCGUGUUUUUUGCAAUCGGUGAGUUUAAGAAAGAAGAAAUGUACACUUCUAAUGAUCCCUGUGGGGAAAUUCUUCUCUUGGUUAUUAAGGAGCAGAGGGCUGCAGUCAGGGAGGUUUAGUGUCUUGCUCAAGGACACUUCAACAUGAAACUAAUGGGCAGAGCGGGAAUCAAACCGGGGACCACUCGUCCCCACGAGCUGCAGCCAACACAGACGUUUUUCUACUGUAUUUUCUUUUGUUUGACUCCUUGACAUCAUUUUUGACUUUUUCUAUGGCAAAAUAGUCACCGAGCCUCUUGGUAUUUGAUACUACCGUCUCAGGAAUGAGAGGUUGGUUUUGGUUCAGAACUACGGAGACGAUGAACUACUGCACAUUAUGAAUGUGGCCUGUAUCCAGUCGGCCAGUAAGAUAACGGUCCACUUCUCCUCUUUAAGACUUCUCUGGUUUACUCGUUGGUUCUGCCACAGAUGUGAAACACAAUCAGUAGAUUAAUCACAUUAAGUUGUGAAAUAGUUCUCAUCAGUCAGUCUGAAAUGCAAUGUUAGGAUGACGAGCACAUUUCUACGAGUUCUGUGAUCUUAAAUCGAGCAGUUAGACUUUUUAAAUGUGCGUUUCAGGAUUUUUCUACGAGCCACUCCAACUGCUGAAAGAAGUACCAAGUCAUAAAGCAGCCGUUUGAGCUGUGCUUUGCCUGUAAUUGUGUUUGAACAAUCAUGUAGUGCUAAUUGGGAAAAGUCCUGGGAGGCGACGGGUUCAAGGAAUCUCACUUGAGUGCCAAACAGCCGCUCUCUGAAGCUGUCGAUGCAAAUCUGUCUUCAGCCGGACGUCGCCGUGGACAACGGCGUGACGACUUUAAUGCACAAUGCAUAAUGGGUCGAGGACCGACCGGAGCAAUACGGAGCGCCUCGCGAGCUCUUUUUUCAGUUUUAUUUGUACAGAGACGCAUUCAAACUGACAGGGACGGAUAUUCAAAUUGAAGAUUUGUGUUUGACGAUAGCUGGACUGUCAGAAAUCCUGAUCCGACGCAUAUGAGAUGCAGCUGAGGGUUUUCCUCUGCAGAUGGUUGCGUUAUAUUUUAAUAUAUGGAUAUUUUGUAUAAUAACAUAGGUGUAUCUUUGGUAUUAUCCUCCACUACACUUAUCGAAUCCAUUGCCGUGCACUAUUUUCCUAGAAUAGAUGUGAAGUCUGAGUAUAUUUUUGUCCUAAAUGGAAAAUGUCACGUUAAGUAAGUUUUUUUUAAAGAUGUUUAUUUAACACUCUUGCCUAUCUCCGCCAUUUCUAUGAAAGAUUUAAUAAUUUUAUGGCAAGUGGAUUUUUUCUCAGAAUAAGAGCGCUGACUUUAAUACAGAAAUGCUAUAUACGGUUAUAAUAAAAAAUGAACAUAUUAUUGGACCAUCUGUGUACUGGCAAUCAUAAUUCUGGUGCUUAUUAUUAACCCGGUACAUCAUUUUUACACCAAAACUGGAAUCUAACUUGUUUCCAGAAGGAGCCAGAAACUUAUUUUCUAUGUCUUUUGUAAAUUUGACUGUACUUUGUUCUUUCUCCUGCUGACUGCUUCCAUCCUGUGCGUUUUGGUUUACCUGGUGUUGGUAUGAAUUGGUACAAUAAAGUUAUGUGUCAAGUUUAA